AUGGGUGAACCCAGGGGUCAGACGAAGGGUUCAAAUGCUGAAAGCAGCCCUGUAUUGGAACCGCAGUCUGCUUUGUUCAACCCUGAUGUCCCAUCUUCAUCUUUGUCUCCAAAACUUGCCCAGAGCAACUUCAGGAGAGUCAGUCGCACAGAGGACAGCAGCCCCUAUCCGAUCCCUGGCCUAGCACCAGACAUCCUGCACAUGCGAGUGAAAGAAGGGAGCAAGAUCCGCAAUUUGCUACGGUUUGCAACAGCUCGCAUGCAAGGGGAUGGGAAAGACAGCAAUGAGACAUCACUGAGACAAGUGGUCUUCACUGGCUCAGGUAGAGGAGUCACAAAGACCAUCACCUGUGUGGAGAUUCUGAAACGUAAAGUGGGGGAGCUCCACCAGGUGUCCAAGCUCUACUACAAAACAGUGAAUGAGGUCUGGGAGAGUUCACAACAAGGAGAACCAGGUGUAACCGUGCAGAGGACAGUCCCUGCCAUCUGUAUCCUGCUCUCUAAAGACCCUCUGGAUCCACAGGAGCCUGGAUACCAACCCCCUGAAACCCUGAGUGUUCCCACAGAGGAUGCAGAGAGACGCACAGCUCUGCUCAGGCCAGCUCACAGUCCCUCCUCACAGCACACAGCCAAGAGAGUCUGUCUGGAUGACUGGAGUGUGUGUUCUCCAUGGGCGUCUCCAUGA